AAUGCUAUUGUGAGAUAAAUGUUUCAUUACAAAUGUUGAAAGAAGCCUUAUGUUUUGGAUCUUCUUCCUUUGACGUAGACUAAAUUUAAUGGGUUCCAGACAGAGGCAUUCAGAUUGUGCUCAUACAGUGUAAGGACUCUGUACCCAAGGGAGUGGAUCAGGCAGAUGUCAUACUAAAGGAAUGCACGGAAAAGCACAAGCACAAUGUGGUUAGCCUGAAAAUGUAUGAGGAAUUAAAGCAGAAAGUUCAGAACAUCGAAUUAGAAGUCAUUCACCUUAAGGAACAGCAGGCGCUGCAGACAAUUUGCCUGAAAGGGGUGCAGAUCUACAACAAAUGCUUCCUGGCCUUUAAUGAGUUAAAGGCCUACCACCAGGCCAGUGAUAUGUGCUUUGCCCAAGGGGGAACACUGAGUACUCCGGAGACUGGAGAUGAGAAUGACUCCUUGUACGAUUAUGUGCGCAAGAGUAUUGGCUCCAGCGCUGAGAUCUGGCUUGGCAUUAAUGACAUGGCUACAGAGGGGAACUGGCAAGAUCUAAAUGGGAGCCCCGUUACCUUUAAACAUUGGGAGACUGAAAUCACGAAACAGCCUGACGGGGGAAAGCAGGAGAACUGUGCAGCGAUGUCGGUUACAGCUAUUGGCAAGUGGUUCGACAAAAACUGCAAAACAGAACUCCCUUUUGUGUGUCAGUUUUCUAUUGUUUAGGUGCUUGCCAUAUAUUUUGCUCAUUAUACCAAGACAAAUAUAUAACAUUUUAUGCAAAAUAUGCUAUGUUGCUUAAAAGACGACAAGGGAAUAAGGCUUAUUUUAGUCUUUCAAAGCAUGAGCUCUUCAAGCUGCCAAAAACACCCUAAAUCUCUUUAAAUCAUGUAUAUGUAUAAAACUUUGAAACAAGUAAACUAAUGUCAAAUGUUCCAGCUAUCUAUAAUGUAUAUGGCCUUCAUGCAAGUAAUAAAUGUCAAAUUUUACAGCUAUUAUAUAUUAGAUUCAAUUAAUAAAGUUUUUUUCGUCUGUG